UUUUAGUGAGGAGAAGGAUGAGAAAGAGCAGGGAAGAACACGUUGAAAUUGAUGUCCAAGACUUGAUGUCAUCUUAUGAAACAUUGGCAUUCGAUGAUUUUAUCAUGUCCAGCAAGUGUUGCAUCUUCAAAACUCCAAUCAUACUUUACAGACAUAAUAGACAGGCUUAUGUGCCUGAUGCAUUCUCAAUUGGGCCCUGGCACUAUGGUCGAACACACUCAAAAGGGACACAGAACCUCAAACUGAAGUAUCUUGAAGGUCUCAUUCACCGUUCCCCUAAUCCGCCGACUCAACUGGUGGAGCUGGAAGAAGCCAUCAGAGAGAUCCAGCUUCAAGCUCGUGAAUGUUAUGGGGGUCCUGUUGAAUUCAGCGAUGAAGAAUUCGUAAAGAUUUUGGUGCUUGAUGGUUGCUUUAUUAUUGAGCUGUUCCGGAAAGAUGCUGAUGAAAUCGAAAGAGACGAAGAUGAUCCCAUUUUCACUAUGUCUUGUAUGCUUCAGUUUCUAUAUCAUGAUUUGAUUUUACUAGAAAAUCAAGUGCCAUGGAUGGUGCUUGAAAUCUUGUUUAAUCUAACCAGGUCUGCUAAUGAAACCAUGUCCUUAGCUCAACUUGCCAUCGAAUUCUUCGGGAACAUGUUUUCAUCAGAUGCACCUCCCAUGGACCAAAAUCUUUUCUUCGGGAAAGAGAUCAAACAUAUCAUAGAUCUCUUAAGAAUGACCUUGGUUUUGCCGUCCGAAAAAGGCGACGAAACUGAUUAUUCAGGAUGGCAACCAAUCCCUUCUGCAUCUAAGCUAAAAGAAGCCGGAGUUAGCUUCAAGAAAGUUGAGUCAAAAAGCAUAUUGGAUAUAAAAUUCAACAACGGUGUCCUCGAAAUCCCUUCUUUGCUUAUCCAAGAGACGACGGAAACCGUCUUUCGCAACCUCAUCAGCUUCGAGCAAUGUUAUCCGAAUUGCACCCCGAGACUGACUUCUUAUGCAAUACUCCUUGAUAACCUCAUCGACACGACCGACGACAUGGAGGUCCUAUGUAAGAAAGACGUCAUAGAUAACUGGUUGAACCUUGACGACGCAACGAAAUUCUUCAACAAGCUUUAUUUUGAUGCUUAUGUGAAGGAAUUCCAUUAUCAUGAGCUUUGCAACCAAGUUCAUGGCUAUUGCAGUCAAUGGUGGCAUAGAUGGCAUGCAUUCUACAUGCAUAAUUAUUUUGGGAAACCUUGGGCUAUUGUUUCUCAAGUGUUUGCCAUUAUUAUUUUGACCCUCACUGCUUUACAAGCUGUAUACUCCAUCAUCAAAUAACAACUUCCCCUCUAGUACUUGUUUAUAUCAAUUUGCUACUAUUUGUGUCUGUGUUAUGUAACAAAAGAAUGAGUGUCUUGCUAUGAUUUUGAUUUA